AUCUUAUAUAGUUGUUAGACUUCCAGUUCACUUGGAUGGUCAACAAAAUAUUUAUUUUGAUAAAGAGAGUGAUAUACCAUCUACUCUUGAAAAAGGUCAACAUACAAAGUUGACAAGAUAUUUUGAUCUUUGUAAAAAUAAUCCUGAUUAUGAAAAGAUUCAGAAUUUAAGAUAUAUAGAUAUGCCAAACAUUAUAUUUAGAAAAAUAAUAAUUGGAUUUGAAGAUAUAAGGACAAUAGAAGGAGUAAGAUAUAAAACUUUUAAAGAAGCAGCAGCUCAAAUUAGAUUAGCAGAUGAUGAUGAUGAAUGUGAUAAAUAUUUAAAAGAAGCAGUUACACAUAAAAUACCUAUUCAAUUAAAACAAUUAUUUGCCUCAAUAAUAAUAUACUAUCAACCUGCAAAUCUAAAAGAACUUUGA